ACUGGUUUGUCUUUGCCCUUUCCAACGAGAGCAGAACUCUCUGCAGAGCCAUUUCCUGGCUAGUUAACUGGAAUUUCCAAAUAGGUGGGCAGUAAAACAAGCUGGCAGCUUCCAGGAGAGCACUGCUGGUGUUUGGGUGCACACACACGUGUUUGCCCUGAAAUUAUCCUCUUCCUAGUGGGGCUCAGAAUGGUUCCUGACAGCUGCCACUGCCACAACAAUGGAAGACAAAGCUAGAACGUUUCUCUGCCGCCUUCCAAGAGCUCAUUAAUCAGUUGUUAAUUAACCUGUUCCCUGCAGAAGUGUUCAGGAGGGGGCAGGGCUGUUGCUGAGCAGGAGCUGUGUGGCCGGUGGCAGUUGGCAGUGCCACGGUGACAGUUCCACGGAAGAACCCUGCGGUCACAACGCUGCGGCACCUCCCCAGGGCAGCAGUGCCUCGACAUCUGUCCCACAGGGAUCUGGGAAUGCUGGGCCAAGGGAUGGAGGCCCCCGGCCGCACACGGGGCCCCAAGGCCAGCCUGAGCCAGCGCAGCCAGGAGAUGCGUGUCCUCGUGGGCCUGCAAGAGCAAGGCGGGAAGAUUUUUGCUCAGUCCUGUGAGGAAAAGCUCCGUCAGAACAGGGAGCUGCUCCCCAGCCUGCAGGCGGCUUUGCAGGAGGAUUCCGAUAUCCUGAAAUUUGUCUUGAAGUACAACAAACUCCCCAUUAAGGAUGCUUUCGGAGAGGGUCAGGAGCUUGUUUCUGUCACUGAGAGCCUGGAGGUGGUCAUAAAGAAGAUCGAGGCCAAAGUCCAUAACCAGGUCAAGGCGUGUGACCUGCUACUGCACCAGCUGAAACAGUGGAGCCAAGCCAGGGAUGAGCGCCAGAAGCACCUGCAGGAGCUGCAGGAUGCUGUGACGGAUCCUAAAUGGCAAGAGCCACAGUUGCAGAUCAUUCGCCAGCUGGGCAAUGACAUCGAGAAGAUGCUCAUGAAAAUUCACAGUGGAGAGGUGGUGACCAGACUGUACCUGCAGCUGCAAGAGGUCCUGAGGAGGGAGCUGGUGUACCUGCCUCAAUACCUGAACCUGCUAUGUGGGAUGACUGUGAUGUACCACGAGGAGCUCAUGGCCCAGAGUAACCUCAAAGCCAACGAUGCCAUUAAGAAACUCAUGGCCAAGGCAGGACCCCAGGUCCGUAUGGAGAAGCAGCUCAGGGACCAGUCCCUGGCUGAGCAGAGGAAGCACAUCGAGAGCCUCCGGCGCCAGGAGGAGAGCGAAAGGCAGCAGAGGCAGCAAGCUGUGUCUGUGCUCUCUGCAGAGCAGGACCUGAGCUCCUCAGACAUGACGGGUGAGUGCCUGGCAGGGGGCAGGGCGGGGGAUGUGGGCACAGCCACGGGCAUCCUGCCCUGCUCCUUCCCUUCCACCCCAGGUGCUGACGUGGAGGCUACCAAGGCCAAGAUGGAGCGCGAGGCCUUUGUGACCGACAAGAUGGAGAAGGCAAAGACUGCCCUGCAGUGCUCCUGCCUCUGGGACAUCCCCAGCAGCAUCGAGGCCCAGAGGAAAUCCCUGGAGAAUCUGCAGCAGCACAUCGAUGAGUACAAUGAGAAGAAGGAGGCACUGAAGAAGACACUACAGGAGCUGGAGCUGAAGCAGGCUAAACUGAAGUUCAACCAGCCUGUCAGCACCACCAGGCUGCGGGAAGAGGAGCUGAGGGAGAACCUGAAGCAGGAAGAGGCCCGGCUGGAGCAGAUGCGAGCCCAGAUGUUGAAGAACCAGAAGCACCUGAUCGACUUUGAGAACAUCAUUGACAACCUGUUCCUCCGCAUGCAGGGCGUCGUCAUCCCUGACCAGGAAGACUCUGCUGUGGUGGUGGGGCUGGAGGAGAAGCUGCAGCACUGUGAGCAGAAGCUGAAGUUCCUGAAGCAGAAGGUGGCAGCCCGGCCUGAGGACAGCACUGAUGAACGCAGCGAGACUUUUGCCAAGGUCAGGAACCUUCUGGAGAAAAAAACUGCAGGUGAAACACGGAACCUGAAGAUUUCCUUUGAGGAUGAAGACACUAUGGAAGACGAUACCUUGGAUUUUGAGGAUGAAGACGAUGACUACAUCCCCAGCCGGGAGGACAUCAAGAAGCAGGGGCUGCAGCUGAUCAGAAUGAACACCAGACGUCGCAAGAAGAAGUAGUGGUUUCUCCAUGUGAGCAUUAAGGGCCCCAGGCCACCCCUUGUACCCAU